AUGGCGACAACUGCUAUGGAUUAUGAGGCCAACGGAGGCUAUGAUGAGGAAGCGCCUCGCUACGAAUUAGACCGUCGAAGCCCUUCACCGAGGCGCGACGAUAACGAUGGCGGUAACCGCCGUUCGGCCUCGCCCGCUGCCAAUAAUGACUCGUUCGUCAAACCUCCUUCUCUUGGAACUCGCUGGACAAUGAUUAACAUCUCGCGCAGGGCUUCAAAGGAAGAAAGGGGUCCCAAGGAUGCAGAUGAUGGCGCUGUCAACCCGGGAUCGAAUCUCUUUGUCACUGGCAUCCAUCCAAAGCUGACGGAGCUCGAAGUCACUCGCCUCUUCGAGAAGUAUGGUGAAGUAGAGAAGUGUCAAAUCAUGCGAGACCCUCACACCAAGGAAUCCCGCGGCUUCGGAUUUGUCAAGAUGGCAACAAGCGAGCAGGCCGACGCUGCGAAGGAGGGCCUUCAGGGUGAGCCCUUUGAGGGUCGCAACCUGAGCAUCGAGAAAGCACGCCGCGCCCGGCCCAGGACCCCUACGCCUGGCAAAUAUUUUGGCCCACCCAAGAGAGAUCCCCGUGGAGGUCGAUUCCAUGAUCGAUACGAUGAUCGUCGCCGAGGUGGAUAUGGAUCGUAUGGGCGAGAUGACCCAUACCGAUACCGUGGCUACGACAGGCGACAGGAUGAUCGUGGCUAUGACCGUGGAUAUCGCGAGGAUCGCGGUGGAUACGACCGCGGCCAUGAGCGUGGUCAUGACAGGGCACAAGAGCGUGGAUACCGUGAUGAGCGCACCUAUGAUCGCCGCGAGCGAGAUGACGGCUAUGGCCGCGUCGACCGAUAUGGAGGUCGUGAUGACCGGGACAGGUACGGUCCCCGAGGUGGUGGUGGGGACGACCGCCGUGCAGCUGGUGGCUACGACCGGGAACGAUAUGACCGCCCGAGUGAACGCGAGGGCGCCCGUCCUCGAGACGCUCCCUCUGGUGCAGCUGGCUACGGGGACUCCGCCCCUCGUGGAGAUGGAAGAGAGAACUUCUAG